AAAGUAAUGUUAGUUGGUAGAAGAAUCAAGAAUGAAUCAUAUUGCUUGCAAAAGCAUAUUACAAGUUUCAUUGUGAUUGUGAUGUGCUACUAAGAUCAUCGAUAGGUGAUUAGGUCAAGUAGAAAUGAUGUAAAUUGCCAAUGAGUCGGUACAGGAAAACGAUGAGCUAAUUAAUCUGAGGUAAAUGUUUUGGAAAAACAAAAAUAUUUGGUUGGAAAAAGUUUGGGAAUGUAUUAAACAGAUACAGCGAAAGGUUGAAAGAUGCCUAGUUAAUGGCAGAUAGGGGUAAAAAGGUUGAAAGAUGCCUAGUUAAUGGCAGGUAGGUACAAAAUAAAUAAUAUGAGCUUUCUUUAGCGCGGCAGUUUCCAAGUCGGAGAAGGCUAAUAAUAAUAAAUGGAAUGAGAGAGCAGAGGGAAGGAGGAUUUUGCCAGAUUGCAAAAAUCUCACAACGAUGACGGUGCAGAAAACGCCAUUAACAACGAUUACAAGAGCUGUUGUGCAUUUCCGAUUAUUGAAAGGCUGAUUUGUCCACGAAGAGAGAGAGAGAUACUAGGAGAAAUUCGUCGCUUCCCCUGGAUCUCCUUCUUGGGGUUUAUACUUUAUAGGGCAUCCGGAGCUACGCACGUCCUCUGAGGUAGGUAGGUGUCUUUGAAACAAGGACGAAUAAUUCACUGCACAUGUGAUUCCUUGAGAGAGCCAGAUCGAACUUUCUACAGAAGAGGCUGUGAUAUAUCAUCUUCUUAAGUCCUCCCCUCUUCUUCUUCUUCUUCUAAGAGGUAGGGUAGAAGAUGACUACAGAAGAUGAUGAUCAGAUGCUAGGACCAAGCGGCACCCAGGAAAAGAUCUAUGUUUCUGUUCGUAUGCGACCUUUAAACGACAAGGAAAAGUUUAGGAAUGAUGUCCCUGACUGGGAGUGCAUCAACAAUACUACCAUCAUUUACAGGAGUCAUCUUUCUAUCUCCGAGCGUUCCAUGUAUCCUUCUGCUUACACAUUUGACAGAGUGUUUAGCCCUGAGUGUUGUACAAGGCAGGUGUAUGAACAAGGGGCAAAGGAAGUCGCUUUCUCUGUUGUCAGUGGCGUUAAUGCUAGUGUAUUCGCAUAUGGGCAAACAAGCAGUGGAAAGACGUACACUAUGAGCGGAAUUACUGACUGCGCCUUGGUUGAUAUAUAUGGCUACAUUGACAAGCACAAGGAAAGAGAAUUCAUUCUUAAGUUCUCUGCUAUGGAGAUCUACAAUGAGUCUGUAAGAGAUCUCUUAAGUACAGAUACUAGUCCACUCAGACUUUUAGAUGACCCUGAGAAAGGGACAGUUGUUGAGAAACUCACAGAGGAAACUCUGCGAGACUGGAAUCAUUUCAAGGAGCUCCUAUCUGUCUGCAAAGCACAAAGGCAAAUUGGUGAGACAGCUCUAAAUGAAGUUAGCUCCCGGUCUCAUCAGAUUUUGAGAUUGACAGUAGAAAGCAUAGCUCGUGAAUUUUCUACCAAUGAUAAGUUUAGUACUCUAACAGCGACAGUGAACUUCAUUGAUCUUGCUGGAAGUGAACGUGCGUCUCAAUCAUUAUCAGCCGGCACAAGGUUAAAAGAAGGUUGUCAUAUAAACCGAAGUUUGUUAACACUGGGAACUGUGAUCCGUAAGCUAAGUAAAGAAAAAACUGGGCACAUUCCAUUCAGAGAUUCAAAACUGACACGCAUACUUCAGUCUUCUUUGGGAGGAAAUGCAAGAACUGCCAUAAUUUGCACUAUGAGUCCUGCGAGAAUCCAUGUUGAACAAUCAAGAAACACACUGUUAUUUGCAAGCUGCGCAAAGGAGGUGACAACAAAUGCACAAGUCAAUGUUGUCAUGUCUGAUAAAGCUUUAGUAAAGCACUUGCAGAGGGAGUUGGCUAAACUGGAAAGUGAGUUGAGAAGCCCUAGUCAGGCUUCAAUUGUUUCUGACACAACUGCAUUACUGACGGAGAAAGACCUUGAGGUUGAAAAGCUUAAGAAAGAGGUAUUCCAACUAGCACAACAACUAGAGCAAGCUCGUUCCGAGAUUAAGGAUCUUCGACGAAUGGUUGAAGAAGAAAAAAACCAAGAAAAAGAGACGCUAUCAACAGAAACAGAAGGGUUAAAUGUUCUGAUGGAACAUCAAUACCCCAAGCUGCGGGUGCGCAGGACAUGGGACUCUGAGAAUACAACACCACUGAGCCCUAUAUCAGCUCACCGUUCCAGUAUAUCUCCACGAUCAACUGAAUAUAGUUAUGAAGAGAAUGUCUUUCAGCUAUCAGAUUUCAGGAUAGAUUCUGCAUCAAGUAGUCCGCAACAGCUUGCGUUUGUAACUCCUUUCCUUAAGGUUCCACUUGAUGAUAUUCACGUGACAGAUACUGUAGACCAAUCUCAUGUUCACAAAGAGGAAGCUAUAGAAGAACCUCAUGUUCAGGAGGAACGGUUUUAUGAAAUGGCUGAACACACUGACGGAAAUUCUGAGGAUAACUGCAGGGAAGUUCGGUGCAUAGAAACAGAGAAGUCAGAUAUUAGUAUAGGUCCAGUGGAAAAUAUGCCGGAGAGCAGUCCAGACAAAUACGAGGCUGUAACUGCAGAAGAACCAGUAUCUGUGACAGAGCCAAAGAACUUACAACAUCCGACAGAAGAAGCAGUAUGUGUGACAGAGACAAAGAACUUACAACAUCCCACAGAAGCUGAAAACGAAGAAGAAGAAGAAGAAGAAAGAGUAAAGGAAGUCAGUGGUGCUUCUCCUGAACCAAAACAAGAAAGCAACCUCACAAAAAAUCCUGCAUUGUGUGAUUUGGAAUGUUCACCUGAUGAGUUUGAUACAAGCAUGUCUAACCUGAGUAGAAUCUCAACACCUCCAGCCCUUAUCACUCCCUCUCCUGAAAAGCCUUUCUCUUGGAUUAUGGAGAGAGAUUCACAACUUUUCAGAGGAAUGAAGCUGACUAGAAGUCGAAGCUGCCGACCAAGCUUAUUAUCGAGCCCUUCCUCCUCUUGGUUAGAGAAAGAUGCUGAUACACCGCCAAGCUGGUACGACAAAGAAUUUAUCAAAACAGCUGAGAGAAACUUGACAAUGUGCGACAUCAAGAACCAGAGAUUGUUGCAGGAUGAGUUUAGUGGGAGGAGCAUGCCAACAACUUGGUUCGAGAGAAGCUUGAGUGACACUCAAACGGUGGAUGCUGCUUCACAUGGUGUCAGCAACGAAAUGUCGCCAAAUGAAUCACCAUUUCGGCCAUCUGAUGCUUCUGUGUUUGAGCUCCAGACAAGUGGUAGAGCUUCAAUAAGCCAGGACAGAACAGAGGAGACUGCUGCUCAAAAAGACAAGCAAAUCAUUCAUCGAUCGAUGGAGGAAAGGGAACAGAAGUUCUUGGCCUCGAAUUCAACGAAGAGUUUCAAGGACGCAGCAAUGGACCCAAUACAAGACUACUUAGACACGGCCUUGAAUUGGCCAGUGGAGUUCAAGAGGCUACAGAGGGAGAUAAUAGAGCUAUGGCACGUGUGUAAAGUCUCAAUGGCACACAGAAGCUACUUCUUCCUUCUGUUCAGAGGAGAUCAGAAAGAUUGCUUGUACUUGGAGGUAGAGCUCCGUAGACUUAAGUACAUCAGAGAAUCUUUCGCCCAAAAUAGCAACGAUGGCAACAAUAUGACCCUAAUCUCCUGCACGAGGGCAUUGACGAGGGAGAGGUAUAAGCUGAGCAAGCUGAUGCAGAGGAAACUGUCGAAAGAAGAGAGAGAGAACUUGUUCUUGAGAUGGGGCAUUGGGCUCAACACGAAUCACAGACGGGUCCAGCUGGCGCGUCGUCUCUGGUCGGAUUACAAAGACAUGGGUCAUGUCCGAGAGAGCGCCUCCCUCGUUGGUAAGCUCAAUGGGUUCGUGGACAUGAAGUUGACUUCCACAGAGAUGUUUGGCGUCAACUAUGCUUUCAGACCACCACGUCCCAAGAAAUCUAGUCUUUGGAAACGCAGCGUUUUGUCCCUCUCCUUUUUGUAACUACUGUAUACAAAGACCACGAAACAAAUCUUACCAAAUAUUUUGUUCUCUCUGAUCCUGUUGAUUUAAAUCGUCUCUCACAAUUAGUGAAUUUGAAGGUAGUGGCUUCUUUUCUGUGAU